AUGCUGACUACACCAAAUGAGAUAUUGAAUGAUAUAUCCAAGCUUUUGAAAGUACGUGGCAUUGACGAAUCAACGUUGUCACUAUGCUACAAGCUACUAGACGAAGGUGUUGAUCCUCGUAAAUUGGCGGAGAAGAUCAAAGACAUACAAAAGGAAAUUUCAUUGUAA